CCUCCGCGCUACAUUUCAGAUUUGUGAGAUUCCUCCUACACCGAAAACGAUUCCUACUGAAAGAGACACCCCAUCUUCUUUCCUUGGGUUCUUCACUCCAGUAUCUCUUCUCCAAUGCUCCAGCCCUCAUCUCUCUGCAGACUGCAGCUGCAGACCCCCAAAACCAAAAGUAGUCAGCCAUGGAAGCAGCAGAUGAGGAGAGGCCCUUGCUUCUUCACCGCCUACCUCCUGACUUGAAUCUGGAUUGGGAUUCAAGAUACACUUGCGAUGGAACGCUUGAUGUUAAAGGACAACCUGCUGUUAAAACAAGCACUGGGAACUGGAGAGCAUGCUUCUUCCUUUUAGGUAUCGAAUUCAGUGAAUGCUUGGCCUUCUUCGCAAUCUCUAAGAACUUGGUCACCUACCUUACGAGUGUGCUCCACGAAAGCAACAUCGACGCCGCGAGAAAUGUGUCUACUUGGAUUGGCACCACAUUCUUCACACCACUUGUCGGUGCUUUCUUGGCAGACACAUAUUGGGGAAGAUAUAAGACAAUAGUGAUUUUUCUCUCGGUUUACGCUGUUGGGAUGCUUGUGCUGACGGUUUCAGCAGCAGUCCCAUUUAUGCUGCAAUCCUCCACCCACAGCGAGAUCCAUCGUGUCGCCGUCUACCUAGGACUCUAUCUUACAGCCCUUGGCAAUGGUGGCAUCAAGCCCUGCACAUCGGCCUUCGGUGCCGAUCAGUUUGAUAUCGCCGACCCAGUGGAGCUCGUGAAGAAGAGCUCCUUCUUCAACUGGUACUUCUUCUCGAUCAACGUUGGUUCCCUGCUGUCGACCACCAUUAUUGUCUGGGUGCAGGACAAUGUGGGCUGGGGAAUCGGCUUCGCGGUCCCGAUGAUCCUCAUGAGCCUCGGUUUCACGGUGUUCGUCGCUGGUAGGAGGAUGUACAGGUACAAGAAACUAGGAGAGAGCCCCAUGAAAAGAGUCUCCCAGGUUGUUGUUGCAGCUGCAAGGAAUUGUCGUCUGGAGUUGCCUGAUGAUUGCUCAGCCCUGCAUCAGCUGCCUUCGCCAUCAGAGGCUAUCUUCAAGGUUGACCAUACUAAUCAGUUCAGAUUUUUGGACAAGGCUGCCAUUGUGCCGGCGCUGACGUCGGAGAAGAAAGGCCCGUGGAGGCUGUGCACGGUGUCUCAGGUGGAGGACGUGAAGAUGCUGCUGCGGCUGUGCCCUGUGUGGGCAUCCAUGGUGGUCUUCUUCAUGGCCACCUCACAGAUGUCGUCAACGUUGAUCGAGCAGGGCAUGGCGAUGGACAACCUUGUUGGGCCAUUCGCCGUGCCGCCGGCCUCCAUCGCCGGCUUCGAUGUGAUCAGCAUGCUGGUGCUGAUCCCCAUCUACGACAUCGUUCUGGUGCCCCUUGCCCGACGCGCCACCGGCGAGCCCCGGGGCUUCUCGCAGCCACAGCGUAUCGGCGUGGGGCUCGCGCUGUCCACGCUCGCCAUGGCCUACUCGGCACUGCUCGAGAUGAAGCGGCUCACCAUGGCCAGGGCACAGCAGAAGGCGAGCAUCAUGUGGCAGGCACCAGCGUACACCGUCCUGGGCGCCGGCGAGGUCUUUGCGACCAUCGGCAUCCUGGAGCUGUUUUACGACAGAGCUCCCAAAAGCAUGAAGAGCUUGUGUACCGCACUCGCGCAGCUCGCCGUCGCGGCCGGGAACUACCUCAACUCGGCCGUGCUGGGCGCCGUCGCGUCCGCCGGAUGGAUCCCGGAGGACCUUGAUGACGGCCACUUGGACUACUUCUUCUGGGUGAUGGCGGCACUCGGCACCCUCAAUCUGCUGCAAUUCUGGCUCUGCUCCAUUCCGGCCUUGGGAUACAGCAGCAAACCAGCUUCUCGACAACGCCGUCCAUAUUAGCUAGCUACAUUGGGCCCAGACACAAGAUUGUACAAUUGUGAUUAUUUGAGCUGCAGAUUUCACUAAUCCAGGAGAUAAGGCACGGAAUUGAAAUCAUUUCUGUUCAUGAUCAAUCUUGUAUAUAGUGUCCGUAUAGUAUUAAACAAAUAUACUGCUACUGACCUACUGUAUAUUGGUACUACUAUAUAAAUAUAACAUGUUUUUUAA